AUGCACGCCUCCGCCUUGUUCACUCUUGCCUGCUGCGUUUCCUCCGCUUUCGCCCACCUCCGUGUCUGGGGUGUGUGGGUCAAUGGAAAGUUCCAAGGCGACGGACGAGAUAUCUACAUUCGUUCACCCGAAACAAAUUACCCAGUGAAGGACCUUCAUUCCAAGGAUAUGUUGUGCAACGCCAAUAAUCGAGUGGUUCCACAAAGCGUGGCAGUCAAGAGCAAGGAUAAGUUCACCUUUGAGUGGUACCACGAAAAGCAUGUACCCCUUUCAACCUGCCAUUCUCCUGCCGAGCUCAUUCGAAUGAUUCUCAAUAGCCGCCACGACGACAUCAUUACCGAUACCCACAAGGGGGCCAUUCAAGUGUACAUCGCGCCCACUUCGUCCAACAUGGAGGGCAAACCAGUUUGGACCAAACUUGACACGCAGACAUAUAAUAAGAAUUCGAAGAAAUGGGCCACUAUCCUUCUCAAGAAAACGAAAGGCCAACAUAGUAUCACCAUUCCUAAUAUUCCGACUGGGGAUUACCUCCUCCGAGCGGAAGUCAUCGCUCUUCACCAAGCCAAAUAUACCUACGUGAAGAAACACGACAAAGGGGCCGAGUUUUACAUGUCCUGCGUCCAAGUUCACGUCGAAAACAACUCCACGACCCAAAAGCUUCCGGGUGGAACGGCCUUCCCAGGCACUUACCAAUACGACUCCCCAGGUAUCGUGUGGGAUCUGUUCGGUCCGAGUGAUAAAUCAGAGAUGUAUGUCGCACCCGGACCUAGAGUUUGGGAAGGAUCAAAGGGAGGUAAAAUCGAGAAAGUUGGGAAUCGGUGA